AUGAGGCUAGAGCUGAGGCUAGAGCUGAAGCUAGAGCUGAGCCAAGAGCUGAGGCUAGAGCUGAGGCUAGAGCUGAGGCUAGAGCUGGGGCUAGAGCUGAGGCUAGAGCUGAGGCUAGAGCUGAGGCUAGAGCUGGGGCUAGAGCUGAGGCUAGAGCUGGGGCUAGAGAUGAGGCUAGAGCUGAGGCUAGACCUGAGGCUAGAGCUGAGGCUAGAGCUAAAGCUGAGGCUAGAGCUGAGGCUAGAGCUGAGGCUAGAGCUGAGGCUAGAGCUGAGGCUAGAGCUGGGGCUAGAGCUGAGCCUAGAGCUGAGGCUAGAGCUGAGGCUAGAGCUGAGGCUAGAGCUGAGGCUAGAGCUGAGGCUAGAGCUGAGGCUAGAGCUGAGGCUAGAGCUGAGGCUAGAGCUGAGGCUAGAGCUGGGGCUAGAGCUGAGGCUAGAGCUGGGGCUAGAGCUGAGGCUAGAGCUGAGGCUAGAGCUGGGGCUAGAGCUGAGGCUAGAGCUGAGGCUAGAGCUGGGGCUAGAGCUGAGGCUAGAGCUGAGGCUAGAGCUGAGGCUAGAGCUGAGGCUAGAGCUGGGGCUAGAGCUGAGCCAAGAGCUGAGGCUAGAGCUGAGGCUAGACCUGAGGCUAGAGCUGAGGCUAGAGAUGAGGCUAGAGCUGAGGCUAGAGCUGAAGCUAGAGCUGGGGCUAAAGCUGAGGCUAGAGCUGAGGCUAGAGAUGAGGCUAGAGCUGAGGCUAGAGCUGAGGCUAGAGCUGAGGCUAGAGCUAAAGCUGAGGCUAGAGCUGAGGCUAGAGCUGAGGCUAGAGCUGGGGCUAGAGCUGAGGCUAGAGCUGAGGCUAGAGCUGAGGCUAGAGCUGAGGCUAGAGCUGAGGCUAGAGCUAAAGCUGAGGCUAGAGAUGAGGCUAGAGCUGAGGCUAGAGCUGGGGCUAGAGCUGAGGCUAGAGCUGAGGCUAGAGCUGAGGCUAGAGCUGAGGCUAGAGCUGGGCUAG